AUGACAGGCCUGAUCUGCGGCUUUGUUUUCUUUCUUCUACCGCUGCACUUCACCAAUGGAGACCUGAGAUAUUAUUUUCCGGAGGAGAUGAAACGCGGAUCUGUGAUUGGAAGUAUAGCCAAGUAUCUCGGGCUGGGGGCAAGAGGACUGUCCGUUCGUAAGGCCCGUAUUGACACCGAAGGGAACCAAAAACGUUAUUGUGACGUUAAUCUGAGUACUGGGGAUUUGAUUGUUGCGGGAAGGCUUGACAGAGAGGGGCUUUGUGGCAAGAAGGUUUUGUGUGUUUUAAACCAGGAACUUGUAUUGGAGGAUCCUUUGGAGCUGCAAUCUCUUAAGGAAGAGAUUAUCAAAAUGGAAAUAAGAGAAUCUGUAGCCAAAGAUGGUCGUUUUUGUCUAGACGAGGCCCAUGAUGCUGAUAUAGGACAGAAUACGGUUCAAAGCUAUACUCUAGAAAAUGAUGAUCACUUCAUUUUGAAUGUUAAUACAAAAAAUGGGGGACGCAAGUAUGGUGAAUUAGUGUUAGACAAGGAGUUAGAUUGUGAAAAGGAGCAAGAGAUAAAUCUAAUACUAGUUGCAUCUGACGGAGGCACUCCGCAGAGAUCAGGUACUGUAGUCAUACACGUCACUGUACUGGAUGCUAACGAUAACGCCCCAGUGUUUAGCCAGGCCGUCUAUAAAGCCAGUCUGCCUGAAAAACCUCCUUUAAAUACUUUAAGGUUACAGUGA